GUCGGAUGAUAAGGAAAGGUAGGAGUUGGAGUUGGAGUCGGUAGAUUUUUACGCGACUCUACAGCCCUGGUUUUUACUAGAGUAUUAAAACAGAGGCCGUCACUAGCAGUUUUAAAUGUUGCCGGAAAAGAUGGAGAAAGAGACGAUUUUCGUAUUUUAUGGAAUUAGGUAUACCGGGACCGAAACCAUAUUUUAUUUAUGGAAAUAUGGAAGAAGUUUUUAAGAAGGGGGCUACAAGAUGUCAUUUCGAAUGGAUUAAGAAAUAUGGAAAUGUUGUUGGAUACUUUCAGGGUUCAAAGCCCAUUCUUCUCGUAUCGAAUUUGGAUUUUAUGAAGAACUUUAUGAUUUCAAACCACAUGGAUGCAUCUGGCAGAGAUUGGUUUAUUGAAGAUGGUGGAGUACCAUUGAAAUCAUUCAGAAAAUCAGCAGUCGGAGUAGUUGAUGGAAUUUAUUGGAAAGAACUUCGCAAUAUAAUGUCUUCAAGUUUCACUAGCAGAAAAUUGAAAGGGAUUAUACCAAUAUUAGACAAAUCUGUCACUCGUCUCUUAAGCAAAAUAGAAAAGAAAAUAGAAAAUAAAGAAUUAGUUUCAAUGAAAGCAUUAUUUAGCGAAUUUGCUUUCGAUAGUACAAUGUUAAAUAUCUUUGGUGUUGAAGAUAAUGGACAUGAAAUAGGCAGAAAGUUUCACGAAGAUGUUAAACAAUUAUCAAAUGUGUCUUUUGAAGACACAAUUAUAUCCCUUGCUCUAUGUUUUCCGGAAUUUUCAACAGUUUUUACUUUGAUUAGAGAAGCGAAGGACAAAAUUUCAUAUUACUUGGGAAGACCUUCAUGUAUGGGAGCAUAUAAAAAUUUAUUUAGUGUACUUUGUCUGAGGAAAUCAAAUCCUCAAAUUCAGAGAAAUGAUAUUCUGCAACUUUUAAUGAAUGCUGGUGAUGAUAAUUCAAAAGUAAAUGUAAAACAUGAUACACAGAAAAGAACUUUAUCGACGGAUGAAAUUAUUACAAAUUUGAUUGAUUUAGCCAUCGGAAGUUAUGAUACAACAAUCUCAACAUUAACUUUUACAUUGUAUAUGAUGGUGAAGCAUCCGGAAAUCCAAGAUAAAGUUCGAAAAGAACUGAAUUCCUUAAAUGAAAAUGAGGAAGAAGUAAGAAAUUCAUUCUUAAAUGGAGUUCCUUAUCUCGAUCAAGUCAUUUAUGAAACUCUGCGGUAUUACACCAUAGUCAGACUUUUAAUAAAUCGAAAAGUGACAGGAGAAAUUAAAUGGAAUUCAAUAAUUUUACCAAAGAAUUUGGUCAUACAAGUGGCUGCCUAUCAACUGCAUCACGAUCCUGAAUAUUGGAAGGAUCCUGAAAGUGUUAAUCCUGAUCGAUUUUCACCAGAGAAUAAACGAGAGAUAAACCCUAUAACCUUUCAAGGUUUUGGAUAUGGUUCUAGAAACUGCGUUGGAAUGAGAUUUGGUCUUCUUGUCCUAAGACAAACAUUUACACGUCUUUUAAGUAAAUAUAAAUUCGAAGCGUGUGAAAAAACUGUAAGUAAUAAUUAUAGAAUAGAUAGAUUGAUUGACCAAUUUAGUAAUAUUCAUGUCUCACCUAAUGUAAUAUUUUAAAUUUAUUCAAAUACUUACAACAAUAAAUUUUUGGUUGGAAGUACUUGUAAUUAAAUGCAUAACUGUUCAUAACUGUUCACUAGUUAGCCUAUUAGUUAUGAUAUGCAACAAUAAAAUUAUUUCAAAAGUUCAUUGCUUAAGACAUGGCAAUAUGAUAACUGACAAGUGAGACAAAAAAAAAUUAAUCAAGAUAGUUCAUAUACAUAAGAUUAUAUUGUAUAGGCCUACAUAUAAAGCCGUGUUAAGCACUUUGAGACUUCAGACCCAAUUUAUUUACAGAAAUUAUACAGAUAUAGGACAAAAAUGCAGUAGGCUUCUCUUACUCUAAUCAGAAUUCGAUAUUAUUAUCAUUAUUUUCGGAUAAAUAGGCAUUUUUGUGUUUUUCUUCUGUGUCAGCAGUCUCAAGAGUGAUCGAUAACAUGAAAUCGUUGUAAGUUUUGGUCAUGGAUUUUUAUCAAAAACAUUAAAUUAAUCGUUAUUUACCUAAAAAAAACAUUAGUUUAAAUUGCUUCUUUACACUAUCUGUUAUUAACAUUGGUAGAUAGACAAACAAUCAGUGUCGUCUUAACACUUAGGCACACUAGGCCGGGAUCCCACGCUAAUUUAUACUAAGACCAAAAUGUAACACUAAUUUUCCGCUCACCCGCCGGUUGUAUAGGCAAGGGCCAAUAUAUUACUUUGCCCAGUGCCCUAUAUUGCCGUUAAGACGACCUACAAACAAUACCAGAUGAAUUAUUUAAGAAUUAAUAAUAAUAAUUAUAGGAGAACUGGGGCGGAAUGGGAAAGACGAUUUACAAAUGAAAGAGAGAUGAGGGAAUUGGUUUGCUCCCUGUCUUACACUUAGACUGCGACAACACGUCAGUGUGAAUACUUGGUUACCGAGAUUCGCUUUGUCA